AUGGAUCCUAAAAUGUCCUCGGACACCAAGGAGGGGGUCAGGGACAUGGGCGCCGGCCGACUUACUCACGACCAUCUUCACUCUCAUCAAAUGCAGCUGUCUCUCUCUCUACUCGCUCCUCCCCUCGGAGGUACAAAUUUCACUCCUGGCCUAAGCACAGGCUUAGGCUCAGGCUCUGGCCAGCAGGCUCCUGCGCCUGUCUUACCGGCGUCUGUGUCACCUUCACCGCGACCAGCGACGGUCUCCGCUACUGGUGGAACGCCCGGACGACGGUUCUACAACAUUCGGUUUCAAACAGAUCAGAUUCAGUACCUCACCGGCGUUGAUCCUCUCUUUUCUAACGCAUCCUCAAACGUCAAUGUCCGCGGCGGCAAUACCAAAUUCGAGUUUCCUUAUACCACUAUUCGUGGUAGCGGUUUUGCUCUGUCAAUUGCCCAGUCGACGACUAGCAUGAGUGGGAAAUACAUCAAUCCGGGCACGCAUACGAAGAGCGUCGAGAUGGUGCCUAGCCGUUUGAGCAAGGUGCAGGUCAGAAUGGUCAAGCGGUAA